UUUUUUUCUUAGAAGUUGCAGCGAUUAUGUCGUUUUACACUUGUGUGUGAAACACGCUAAGGAUAAGCUAACUUGCUAACGUAGGCUAGCGUUGGCUUUUUUCCUCCCCGAAACAACACGUCAAACAAAGUCACGUUAUCCCUUCUCACGGCCAAAAAUUCAUUAAAUGGCGUGUGGCGGUUAUGAAAUGGUCAUUCUAGACAAAUAGAGGGCAAUAACGCCAUGACUGACGCCGUCAAUGAAGCGACAAUGGCGAGCGAGUUGCUUCGAUGCAAAAACAAUGCAAACGGUCAGUAAAAGUAAGACGCACCCUGGUCAUCUUUCAAUAAGCACGUCGUAGUUGGUCACUUUUUCUUUUUAGUCACAAUAGAUAGGGAACAAAGUCAAGGAAAGGACCAUUAACGCUUAGGCUAACGUGUGGUUACACUGGGGCGGGCGUAGUGUAUUUGCUGGUAACGUGCCACUUCCCGUAGGUAGGGAGUUCCGCAUUGCUUUAUUUAAUCUUCGAAAACAUUUCAGUUGCGUCCUGAUGUCGUCAAGGUAUUUUCAUGAACGAGGCUCCGACGUGCCGACUAUGCGGUUAAACCGUGGCGUUAGCACCGCUUGACGCUUGGUCGUUUCAGGAAUUAGACGGCACCCAACUCUCGGUGGCAGGCUUGGUUUCAUCGGGAGGACGAGAAAACGAGUUUUUCAAGACAGACACCAUGUGCGCUAAAAUGCUUGUUAAUAAGCGAAUCGUUGAUUUAAUGCGUCAUGAAAGUCAAUUUGCUGCGCAAAUGGUUCCAUUUGACUGUGGAGUAAACUGGUGCGUGUUCAAUUGAUCCUGCUUAACUAGUUGGUUUUUGUUCAGCCAUUUUGACUUGCCAAAGACUACUAGUAAUAGUAGUAGUAUGUAAUAGUAGUAGUAAUGUGACUAUUAAUCGUAGUAGUAGUAGUAGUACGAUAGUGGAGUUCACUUAUUCCUUUCAACUCUUUGGAGGAAACACAGUGGUGUUACUGGUUCAGCCUGGCUAUUUCAUCGUUUUUAUUGACCAUUUUUGCUUUCUUGCGACGACUCGUAGUUGUUGUAUCAGUGCCACACUACGCCUGCUGGUAGUCGUAGCAGUUAGAAUCCAGUGUCUUCUUUUAACUGGAGUAAACAAGCAACCAUGUGAUGUUGAACUGAGCCUGCCCAGCUGUUUUUCUAUUUUAAAAGGCUGACGACUUCUAGUAACAGCAGUAGUACUAGUCAUAGUUGUCGAAGUAGUGUGACAGGGGAAUUUACUGUCUCCAAAGAACACAAGGCCUUCUGUUUCCACUAAUAGAAGCAGCCUUCGUUCGUCAGUUGGAGCCAAAUGGCAGGCGAGCGAGAGCCAGUUAAUGUGAAACAAAGCUUUAAGGGCAGAGGAGAUUGAGAAAUCGUAGCCACGGCUUGCCGGUGUUGUGCUUGCAACCGGAGAGAGGAGGGAGCCAUAGAGCUGCCAUGCCACCGCUGCUGCACAGAUCACAGCUUGUGCGGAUUAGCAAACUUAAUCUUAACAUGGCCGCCGCCGCCGCCAGUGCUCCAAUUGAGGGAAGAUGAAAGAUGGAUAUUAUUGUGAAGGCCUUCCUUUAUAUUGUUGUGAAGGCCUUCCUUUAUCUCAACAGACCUUGGACAGCCCAUUCAAUGGCCACCUUUGUAAAUUAUCUUUAAAAAGCCCCUUUAAGUCUUAGAACACACACUUAACACAACAUCAAAGUGGAGCAUUGUUUUGCAUUUGAUCUGUCCAUACAAGAUGCAUUGCACUAAUAGACUGUGACUACAGUAACUGUGGAUGACCAUCAGAUGGCGCUGCUUCCCUAGUGAUUGGUAAAUUGUUCUUGGUGCUUUGAGCGUCUGUGUAGCCCUUUCUUUCUUUCUUUCUUUCUUUCUUUCUUUCUUUCUUUCUUUCUUUCUUUCUUUCUUUCUUUCUUUCUUUCUUUCUUUCUUUCUUUCUUUCUUUCUUUCUUUCUUUCUUUCAGGUGGAUCGCUGCAACAAACAGUUGAAGAAAGGUGACGCCACCCUCUUGGUGGAGGCCAUCGCCAUGCUCCCAACACAAGUAAUAAUGUUUUGCACGACACCUGUGGGCCAAAGGUGGUACUGCACCAAGCAUGAUCCGGUGACUAUAACGACAUACUUACUACCAUGCUUAAAGCGUGCAUAUUGUCAAUGUCUAUUUAACUUGCAUACAUAUUUAAUGUGAAUAUCAUUGAAGUGUUGGCAUUUGAAAAUGCAUUUGAAGCCUCUAUCUAUCUAUCUAUCUAUCUAUCUAUCUAUCUAUCUAUCUAUCUAUCUAUCUAUCUAUCUAUCUAUCUAUCUAUCUAUCUAUCUAUGUAGCAUUUAAAAAUAACAGAAGUGGUGGGGCCUUGGUGAGUGACAUGUGGAGCGUCAGGUUGCUGUGUUGGUGCAGGCGGAAAAGCAGCGCAAAUGUGCGCCUGCUUUGGGGCUCAUAUUACGAGAAGGCACGGGGGCGCUGCACUGGGGAGGGACUGCAAGGGGCCCUCCCCCCUUUUCCUCCUCUCUCUCUCCCUCCCUCCCUCCCUCCCGUCUUUCCUCGGCGGCAGCACUUGCGGCUGCUUUUUGGGACCAGAGCAAGUCCGCUGAGGCACCUGGCUGCAAGCAGCCGACCCAAGCAAGCAAGCAAGUAGGCAGGCAGGACGCGAGCGUCUCUCCACCAUCAUGUUGGCCAGCAGCGGCAAGUCGCCGGUUACCUCCGCCAGGGAGCCCAGAGCCAAAGUGGCCGAGAAGAGCGCCGAUCCCAUUCGAAGGCUGGGUCUGCUGGACAACGAGGACGUGCGCGUGAUGAUGCGCGGCUCCAACAUGGUGAAAGUCCGCUCUCCAAGGUGGCAGAAGAGCCGCAACCUGCGCCUGCUGGACGACGGACUCACCGUGUGGUGCGAGUCGUCCAAGAGCUCCCGCAAGGCCAAAGCUCGUCAGACGUUUGCCGUGACUGAAGUGGAGUGCGUGCGAGAGGGCUGCCAGUCGGAGGCGCUGCGUCGGAUCUCGGGCUCGGUGCCGGACAGCCGCUGCUUCACCGUGGUCUUCAGGGGGGCCCGCAAGAGCCUGGACCUGCUGUGCCCGUGCGAGGACGAAGCGCAGCGCUGGGUGCGAGGCCUGCGCACCCUGAAGGAGCGCGUUGCCAACAUGACGCAGAAGGAGAAACUGGACCAUUGGAUCCGCGGCUACCUGCGGCGAGCCGAUCAGAACCAGGACGGCAAGAUGAGCUACGACGAAGUCCGCCGGCUGCUGCAGAUGAUCAACAUCGACCUGAGCGAGCAGUACGCUCGCUCCUUGUUCAAGAGGUGCGACCGGUCCGGGGACAGCCGCCUGGACCACAACGAGAUCGAGGAGUUCUGCCGGGAGCUGCUGCGUCGGCCCGAGCUGGACGCCGUCUUCCGCCACUACUCCGGCAACGGCUGCGUGCUCUCCACCGCCGAGCUGCGAGACUUUUUGGGGGACCAGGGAGAGGACGCCAGCCUGGCCCACGCCCAGAAUCUCAUCGGCACCUUCGAGCUCAACGACUGGGCUCAGAAGAACCAAUUCAUGACCCAGAACGGCUUCACUAUGUACAUGCUGUCGCGGGAGAACGACGUGCUGAACCCGGAACACGCCCGUGUCUACCAGGACAUGAGCCGCCCCCUGGCCCACUACUUCAUCUCCACCUCGCACAACACCUACCUCACCAAGGACCAAGUGACCAGCGCCAGCAGCACCGAGCCCUACAUCAGGGCUUUGAUUCAAGGCUGCCGCUGCGUGGAGCUGGACUGCUGGGACGGAGACAAAGGCGAGCCGGUCAUCUACCACGGUCACACGCUCACCUCUAAAGUGCCUUUCAAGGAGGUCAUUGUCACCAUCGCCCAGUACGCCUUCAAGGCGUCUCCGUACCCUCUGAUCUUGUCCCUGGAGAACCAUUGCUCCGUGGAGCAGCAGGUGGUCAUGGCCAAACACCUCCACGCCAUCCUGGGCAACAAGCUGCUCAACAAGCCCCUCAGCGGCCACUCGCUCAAGGACCUGCCCUCACCCGAAGAGCUGAGGGGACGUAUUCUGGUCAAGGGGAAGAAGCAGAUCCCUCAGCUGGGCCAGCUGGGCAAGAACGGAAGCUACGGCAGCUUCUCCUCAAGCUCCGAGGACGAGCAGACGGGCGGAAACAAGAGCACGCCCAAGAAGGACCCAGCCAAGGUUUGCUCCAAGCUGAGCGUGGAGCUGUCAGAGUUGGUGGUGUACUGCCGCAGCGUCCCUUUCUGCGGUUUCACAAACGUGGGUGAAAAGCCGGCGGAUGAAAUGUCCUCCUUCUCCGAGAACGACGCCCUGAAGCUCAUCAAAGACUCGGGGAAGCUCUUUGUGAGACACAACAGCAGGCAGCUGAGCCGGAUCUACCCCUCCGGACAGCGUCUCCAGUCAUCCAACUUCAAUCCCCAGGAAAUGUGGAACGCUGGCUGCCAGAUGGUGGCUCUGAACUUCCAGACCCCCGGUGAGCCCAUGGACCUGAACCAGGGCCGCUUUCUUCCCAACGGCCGCUGCGGCUACGUCCUGAAAGCCGACUUCCUGUGCAGCGGCGAUUCCGACUUCAACCCGGAAAACACGGGCGGGGGUCCCGGUCACGUCCCCACCCAGCUGACUAUACGAGUGAUAUCAGCUCAGCAGCUUCCGAAAAUCAACACGGACAAAGCCAGCUCCAUUGUGGACCCGCAGGUGUGGGUGGAGAUUCACGGCGUGGCCAUCGAUAACACCAGAGACAAAACGCACCGUAUCGACAACAAUGGCUUCAACCCGCGAUGGGACUGCACGCUCAGCUUCCAGUUGCAGGUUCCUGAGCUGGCGCUGGUGCGCUUCGUCGUCGAGGACCAUGACCACAAAGCCAAGAACGACUUUGUGGGACAGUUUACGUUACCCUUCACCAGCUUGCGUACGGGUUACCGACACGUCCACCUGCUGAAGGCCGACGGUUCUCGGCUGGCCCCCGCUACGCUCUUCGUCCACGUCAAAGUGUCCCGCAAAGGUGUUCCCGUCAAACACGUGUGUGAAAGUACGCCGUCCCCCAGGAAAAAAAGUGUCAACCUCAAUAAGUAAGAGCUUCUUAGUUCGGGGCUGGGCAAACUCAAGGGACACAUUAGAUGUUACAAAUGAGCCAGCUCAAAAAUGAAUUCAAAUGUUCAAUUAGAAUUCAUUCUCAUUUUUAGUCUUUUGAAUGAAUUCAAUUCCAUAGACGUCAUCAGACAAAUACCUUUUUAUAGAUAGCGGUUGUGGGUCGGAAAAAGCCUGUUCACUUCAACAAAUAUUGUCCCUCCUUGCCUUCGUUGCACACAAGCAGCACUUCAUUGCCUGGAAGCACAGUGUGCUAUUUUUGCUCGCACUAAAGAUGAAUUUAUUUGAUCAUUAAUAAGCACUCAUGAAGUACUAAGAACAAACCAACGAAAAAAAAGUCCAAUUCACUGUACUAUGGCACUUUUAAUGUUUUUACCUCAAUAACUUGAACUUAAAAUGACAAAACGAGCAGUAUUAGAAACAAAUGUUGACGCGUGUCCUAAUAUGAACUUAUAAACUAGAUUUCACACAAGCUAAGGAAAGGAGAUGAUGAGUCAUUUUGACUUUGAGACCUGUGUCUAUUUCUUGUCCUCUAUGUUGCCAAAAUACAACAAAUGAAUUGGAUGAUUGUUAAAGAUAAACCAUGCAGUAUUACAAAUCAUUUCUUUUUUUGCAGUUUAAAAGGUCAUUUAUGCUGUGGUCGGUCUAUUUAUUGUGACUAAUAUCUUUAUUGCAAAUGAAUAAAUACACCCACUAUUAUGAAUCUAUAGCUAUAGAUGUACUCAAAGUCAUUAAUUAAUAUUGGAGACACUUCUUUGUGUUGAUCAUUGUUUUCUUGCUGUUUUUUGUAACAAAGCACUUCUUAGUGCUGGUUGUCCUUUAACUUGAUGUAACCUUGUCAUUGUCACCCACGAAGUGCCAAUAAAGUUUUGAUAGAGACAUU